GGCGUGUGGUACGGCAGCCGGCAGUCCCGGGCCGGCCCGCUCCCGCGCGACUGCACAGAUGGCGGCGCUGGCGGCGGUGGCCAAGAAGCUGUGGAGCCGGCGGCGGCUGCUGGUGCUGCUGGUCACGCCGCUGGCGCUGCUGCCGGUGGUCUUCGCCCUCCCGCUCAAGGAAGGCCGCUGUCUGUUUGUCAUCCUGCUCAUGGCGGUGUACUGGUGCACGGAGGCCCUGCCCCUCUCGGUGACGGCCCUGCUGCCCAUCACCCUCUUCCCCCUCCUGGGCAUCCUGCGGUCCAGCGUGGUCUGCCCCCAGUACUUCCUGGACACCAACUUCCUCUUCCUCAGCGGCCUGAUCAUGGCCACCGCCAUCGAGGAGUGGAACCUGCACCGGAGAAUCGCCCUCAAGAUCCUGACGCUCGUUGGGGUCCAGCCAGCCUGGCUCAUCCUCGGGAUGAUGGUGACCACCGCCUUCCUGUCCAUGUGGCUGAGCAACACCGCCUCCACCACCAUGAUGCUGCCCAUCGCCAUCGCCAUCCUGAAGAAUCUCUUUGGCCAGAAGGAGACUCGGAAGGACCUCGACUGGGAGAGUGAAGAGAACGCAGCUGCCGCCCAGGCCAAAGGCCUGCAGACCGUGCCCACGGAGAUGCAGUCUCUUGCCAGCACGGAAGACAAAGACUGCCGCGAGGAGGCAGAGGCUCCGUUGGAUCUUCCAGCUGGCUCCACCAGGGAGGAGGAACGUCGCAGAAACAUCUGGAAGGGCUUCCUCAUCUCCAUCCCCUACUCAGCCAGCAUCGGGGGCACUGCCACCAUCACAGGCACGCCCCCCAACCUCAUCCUGCUUGGUGGGCUCAAGAGCUUCUUCCCAAAGUGCGAUGUGGUGAAUUUCGGCUCCUGGUUCAUUUUCGCCUUCCCACUCAUGGUGCUGUUCCUGCUGCUGGGCUGGCUCUGGAUCGCCUUCCUGUACGCGGGGAUGACCGUGAGGGGCUGGAGGAAGAAGAAAUCUGCGGUCAGAGCUGGUGCAGAAGACAGUGCUCGGGCUGUGAUUCAGCAGGAAUUCCAGAAUCUGGGACCCAUGAAGUUUGCGGAACGGGCCGUUUUCAUCCUUUUCUGCUUGUUCGCCAUUCUGCUCUUCUUCCGGGACCCGAAGUUCAUCCCCGGCUGGGCCAGUCUCUUCCCUGCUGGGUUUACUUCUGAUGCUGUCACUGGCGUGGCUGUUGUCACCGUCUUGUUCUUCUUCCCGUCCCAAAGGCCCUCUCUCAAGUGGUGGUUUGACUUGAAAGCACCCAACACGGAGAUGGAGCCCCUGCUGACGUGGAAGAAGGCCCAGGACACCAUCCCCUGGAGCAUCCUCCUCCUCCUGGGCGGGGGCUUCGCCAUGGCCAAAGGCUGCGAGCAGUCCGGGCUGUCCAUAUGGAUCAGCAACCAGCUGCACCCGCUGGAGAACCUGCCGCCCAUGCUGGCGGUCCUGAUCGUCACCUCGGUCGUCAUCUUCUUCACCGAGUUUGCCAGCAACACGGCCACCAUCAUCAUCUUCCUGCCCGUCCUGGCGGAGCUGGUGAGAGUCCUUCAGGGGAGGAGGGGAAGUCUGUCUUGGGCUCGCCGCCCACUCCCGCUCCGGGGCGCAGGCCGUCCGCCUGAGAGUGCACCCCCUGUACCUGAUGGUCCCUGCCACGGUGGGCUGCUCCUACGCCUUCAUGCUCCCGGUCUCGACGGCCCCCAACUCAAUCGCCUUCGCCUCUGGACAUUUGCAGGUCAAAGACAUGGUGCGGGCCGGCUUCCUGAUGAACCUGAUGGGCGUCCUGCUGCUCAACAUGGCCAUCAACACGUGGGCGCAGACCAUCUUCCAGAUGGGCACCUUCCCAGACUGGGCCCACGACCACUUGGCCAACGUCACAGCGCUGCCCACCGCGUCCAUGGCCAACGGCACACUCGGGACCCUCUGAGUCCUCCCCGGAGGCUCCCCUCGGCCCGGGCCCGCCCAGAAGGCCCUGCCGCCACCUGCUGUUGGGAUCCGACAGGAUGGCGCAGCUGCGCUCCGAGAUCCAGUGAGCGGCGAGGAAGGGCGGCCUCCAGUCCUCCGCUUGGGUCGACAAGUUCAUUAUCUAGGACUCCUUCUCCUCUCCCGUGGAGUUCGGGGCCCAGGCAUUUCUCGAACCUGCUUCCGGAGAAACACGCUCCUUUCUCUCUGAGCCAGCAUGUGGUUGGGGUGCAAGAGAGCCCGACGUCGGCAACAAUAAGCAACUCCAGGAUGGCACUUGUCCCGAACAGUUGGGGCGGGAAGCUCUCCAUCCCCAGGGGCCCAGCUAACAUUCCCCACUGGCUUCUGUAAGGUGCACUCGGGAGAGGGCCUCCUGCCUUCAGGGGUCACCUUCAGGGGCCACCUUCCCCAGAGAGGCUUUUGGGUGGCAGCGUUCCUUCCGAUCCCCUCACUCCAGCUGCUCACCACUGGCUCCUGUUCUGUUCAGCUGGGGCGCAUUCUGCACCAACUGUUUGGCCAUGUCGCCUGCCAACACCCAGCAGCAGGCAGGGGACCUUCCAGUCCCUGGAGACAUGCACGGGGAGGGACGGAUGACGUCCUGAGGACACAGGAGACUGUGCCAAGCUCCUUGCUGUCUCUCUGGGUUCCCAAGUGCAUCGGGGGCGUUCUCGAAACCCCCACUGACAUCUCUAUCCAAACUUUAGGGUUCUCCUGUUUCAUCUGAUUCAGUUCGCCCAUGAUUCUGGAGUCGGGCCCCUCCAGCCAGGCCCCUGCUACGUGUGACCCACAAGGCCUUUGUGGCUGCUGUGCGCUUAUCAGCUGGUCAUUACGUCCCCAAGCUGCCCCGAGUGGUAAGCAUAUUUGGUUAGCAAAGGCCACAUUUUUUGGGGGUGAGAUUAAAGUCAAAAGAUAAACUGGGGUCUUGAAAAGAGCCGGUUCAAUGUCUCAGGCAGGCAAAUAUCAUAAUCCUCCUCUACAGAGGGGCACCCUGGGACUUUCCGUGAGUCAGUGGCUGGGGGGGGAUCUCCUGGGGGGUUUGAUUACUCCUGGUUCCCAGGGGAAACCUCUGGACACCUCUAGUGAACUGCGCAGUACCAGGCUGGGCGGAUGCUCUGGCCAUGUCUGCGGAAUGAAUGAGAGGCCCAGCAUCAGCACCACCCCCACGCCUCGCCCCUCCUCACCCCGCACCUGUGAGGGACGAGGCUCCCUGAGCAGCUGCGUGGGCUGGGGGGGCAGUUCCCCGAGACUGAGCUCACCCUCUGUUCAGCGGGAGUGAGUCAUGGAUGUUUCCCUGGAAGCAGCGGGGAGGCUGGAGGAGAGGCCUCUGAGCUGGAGAAUGAGCACCCCACCCUUCCCACAGGAGAAGACCUUCAGUACUUAGUCACAGUUACAGCCCCUUGGGGGGUGGGGGAGGGGAGACGUUCACGCACAGAGAAACCCAUGGGACUUGUAACCAGAUGAAACAUGAUUUCAAAUACUUCUGAUCGAAAAUGCUAUAAAAUAAAGAAUGUGAAUCAGCA